CUGUGGAGCGUGGAGCGAGCGGGCCGGGGCUGGCGGCUGGAGCUGCCGGUCGGGGUGGACUGCAGCGACCCCGAGCCCCGCUGCCUGUGGCUGAGCAGCCUGCGCCGGUUCGCUGCGGGCAGCCCGCACCGCGGCCCCGCCGGGCCCCGCACCCAUGGGUGCAAGCGGCCAACACCAGGCCGGAGAGAUGGGGCAUCCCCAAACGCCAACGUGCCCCCCGAGGGCUCCUUCCCCUGGGUGGGCCCCAAGACCGUGCUGCUGCGGAAGAGCUCACAAGGGGGGUUCGGCUUCACCCUGCGCCACUUCAUCGUCUACCCCCCGGAGUCGGCGGUGCACUGCAGCAGCAAGGAGGAGGAGAACGGGAACCGAGCAGGUCCCCCCCGGAGCCGCUUGGAGCCCAUGGAUACCAUCUUUGUGAAGAGCGUGCGGGAGGACGGGCCGGCGCACCAGGCUGGGCUGCGCACAGGGGACCGGCUGGUCAAGGUGAAUGGGGAGAGCAUCAUUGGGAAAACCUACUCACAAGUCAUCGCCCUGAUCCAGAACAGUGAUGAUGUGCUGGAGCUCUCCAUCAUGCCCAAGGAUGAGGACAUCCUCCAACUGGCGUAUUCCCAGGAUGCCUACCUGAAGGGCAAUGAGCCAUACUCCGGCGGGGCGCAGAGCAUCCCGGAGCCCCCUCCUAUCUGCUACCCACGCAAGACAUACCCCUUCCAGGCCCGGGGUGCCGAGCCCCCCGUGGGACACCCACCGGACCCCCGUCCCCACCGCGCCGCAGCCGCAUCCCUGCUCAGCAGCCCCGCGCAUCGCCCCGACGAGCCCCAACCCGGGGCGCUCCCCCCGCGCCCCACCGCACCCCACGGCCACCACCCCUCCUCCUUGUCCCGCACCGGCUGCUCCAGCGCAUCCGACCGCUACGGGAUCCCCUCCGCCACCCCUUCGAGCUUCCCCAAGCACCUCCCGGAGCACCGGACUCACUGCGGCUUCAAGGAGGGCACCGGGGGGCUGUCGGGGGCCGGUCGGUCCCGUCGGGAUGCAACGAGCAGCAACCAGCGGGGGGUGCCGGGGCGCCAGGAAUGCCAUCAGGCUCUGUCGCGCUGGUUUAGCAGCCAGGAGCCGCGGCGCAGCGCCUCGGAGGAGCGCCGGCACGCCAUGCCCCCCCGCUCCCGCAGCGUGUCCCAGGACCGGUUGGGGGGCUCGGCCAGGGCCCCCCGGGGAUGGCCUCACAGCGCCUCGCAUGACACCCUGCUGCAGCCCAGCCGGGAGAGCUGGGCCCCCCGCGCCCGCUCUGACCAUGCCCUGGGGAGAUACGGGCGCUCCAUGGAGGCUCUGGAGCCCAGCGCGCUGCUCGCCCAUCCCCUUGAGCGGGAGAGGCUCUGCCGGGUCGCCCCCACGGUGGGGCAGCACAUCCCCCGUGCUUCCAUCACGCCUUCAUCCUCCUCUUCCUCAUCGUCUCGGGAGCCGGCGCCGGUGCAGAAGCACCCAUCGCAGCCCAACCUGCAGAGCGCCGAUGAUGCGGGCUACAUCGGCUACCGCAGCUACAGCCCGUCCUUCCAGCGCCGCACGGGGCUGCUGCACGCCCUCUCCUUCCGUGACCCGGCCUUCGGUGGGCUGCCCACCUUCAGCAUCCCGCAGCGCUCCGCCGCCCCGCUCCUGGAGAGCGUGGUCCCCACUGCGCCGCCUCCCGCCGGGCCCCCCCCACCGGUCCCCGCUGCAUCCAGGGACCGGGUACCGGAGCAACCGGAGGAGCGGAGGGAGGAGGUGGUGCUAAGGCAGAAGCCGCCCUCGGGCCGCAAGGUGCCGGUUCCCCUGCGCCAGAUGAACUUUGUCUUCCCCGAGGGGGUGAAGGGGAUGGACGUUUGUGAGCCCCCGCAGCCCGGUGGCAAAGGGGACAGGCCGGCAGCUGAGCGGCACGGCCGGAGAGUGGCUCCUUUGGCGGCCCCUGAGGACUCGCUGGCAUCCAUCCCCUUCAUCGACGAACCCACCAGCCCCAGCAUCGACCUGAAGGCCAAGCACGUUCCUGCCUCCUCCGUAGUCUCCAGUGCCAUGAACUCAGCACCCGCUGUUGCCACCAGCCCCUCCUCACCCACCUUCGCCUUUGCACUGAGCCGGCAUUACUCCCAGGACUGCAGCAGCAUCAAGGCUGGCCGCCGGUCAUCCUACCUGCUGGCCAUCACCACCGAGCGCUCCAAGUCCUGCGACGAUGGCCUGAAUGCCUUUCGGGAUGAGGGGAAGAUCCUAAGGAGGAUGCCCAGCCGGGUCCCCAGCCUCCGCAUGCUGAGGAGCUUCUUCACCGAUGGGUCUCUGGACAGCCUUGGCACGUCGGAAGACGCCCGUUCCAAAAGACACUCAACCUCCGACCUCUCGGACGUCCCGUUCAGCGCCGUGAGGAAGGAGGGCUGGCUCCACUGCAAGCAGAUCCUCACCAAAAAGGGGAAGAAGGUCGGUGGAGGCAUCCGGCAGUGGAAGCGCGUCUUCGCCGUGCUGCGCACCCACUCGCUGUACCUGUGCAAGGACAGGCGGGAGGCGGUGACCUGCGCCCCGGCCCCAGGUGAGGAGGAGCCGCCGAUCAGCAUCCAAGCGUGCCUGGUGGACAUCUCCUACAGCGAGACCAAGAGGAAGCACGUCUUCCGCCUGACGACCGCUGACUUCUGUGAAUAUCUCUUUCAGGCAGAGGAUCGGGAAGACAUGCUGGCCUGGAUCAAAGUCAUCAGGGAGAACAGCAAGGCUGAGGGCGAGGACCCCGGUUUUGCCAGCCAAGCACUUAUCAACAAGAAGUUAAACGACUACCGGAAAGUGAGCCCUGCGGGCACCAAGCCCGAUUCCUCCUCACCCAAGGGCCCUCGUGGGCUGGGGAUCCGAGCCGAGUUCCUGAAGCAGACGGGAACCAGCGCGCCCCGGUCCCCCAGGCAGGAUGCGGCCGUCACCAAAGAUGAUAGCAGCUCCCAAAAAGCUCCGUGGGGCAUCAAUAUCAUGAAGAAGAACAAGAAAUCUGCCCCCAGGGCCUUUGGCGUGAGGCUGGAGGACUGCCAGCCUGCCCCGGACAACAAGAACGUCCCUCUGAUCGUCGAAGCUUGCUGCAAGGUGGUGGAGGACCGAGGGCUGGAGUACAUGGGCAUCUAUCGUGUGCCCGGCAACAACGCGGUGGUGUCCAGCCUGCAGGAGCAGCUCAACAAGGGAGCCACUGAGAUCAACCUGCAGGAUGAGCGGUGGCAGGACCUGAACGUCAUCAGCAGCCUCUUGAAAUCCUUCUUCCGAAAGCUGCCCGAGCCCCUCUUCACUGAUGACAAGUACAAUGAUUUUAUUGAGGCCAACCGGAUAGAGGACGCCAGCGAGAGGAUGAGGACGCUGCGGAAGCUGAUACGGGACCUGCCAGGUCACUACUAUGAGACACUCAAGUUCCUGGUGGGCCACCUGAAGACCAUUGCUGACCACUCGGAGAAGAACAAGAUGGAACCCCGAAACCUGGCACUGGUGUUCGGCCCCACACUGGUGCGGACGUCUGAGGACAACAUGACCGACAUGGUGACACACAUGCCCGACCGGUACAAAAUCGUGGAGACCCUCAUCCAGCACUCGGACUGGUUCUUCAGUGACAAGGAGGACAAGGGCGAGAAGACCCCCGUGGAUGAGAAGGAGGCUCAGUCCGUGCCCAACAUCGAGUACCUGCUCCCCAACAUCGGCAGGACCGCGGCGCCCGGCGAUGCCGCAGGCUUGACCCGCAGCGGCUCCGCCAAACCGAAGGGCACGUGGCCAUCGCGAAAGGCACCGCCGCACCGGGACCUCCUCGCCAUCCCCUUCGUCUCGGCUGCCGCACGCAAGAGGAAGAAGAGGAGAGAGGCCGAGGGCGUUGGGAGCAGCACCGAUGACGAUGCGGAGCGCAGGGAUGCUCCAGGCCGGGAGCAGGAGGAUGAAGGGACCGCAGCCAUCCUACCGGGACACGGCACCCGCACCGAGCCAGCGGUCCCCAGCCCGGCUGGGAUGGAGCGGAAGAGCUCCCUGGAGCCUGGGGAUGCUGUAUCCGAGCCAGCUCCCGAUGCCCGCUCCAUUGUGUCGGGUUACUCCACCUUGUCCACCAUGGACCGCAGCCUCUGCUCCGAGGUGCAGUCAGUGGCCGGGAGCCGUGGGGAGGAAGCGGAUGAUGAGCGCAGCGAGCUCAGCCACAUGGAGACGGACACGGAGAGCCGGGAGGGCGCCCGGCGCCGCUUGGGGCAGGGGGACGGUGGCCCCGGGGAUGAGGACAAGGGGGUCUUGAGCCGCCCUUCCUUCAAUUCCCACCGCCUGAUCCAAUGCGACACGCUGGCCCGCAGGAAGCUGGCGCGGCCCCGGCCGGCCGGUGACACCAAGGAGGAGCAGGGUUGGGGUCCCUCUCUGCGGGAGCAGCUCCGGCAUCGCCUGCGGGGCUCUGCUGAGGACAUGGGGGUGCUGCUGCGGCGAGCCCACUCCCCGGAGACGCGCCGCAAGAAGAGCAGCUGGCGCCGGCACACGGUGGUGGUACCCGGUGGCAUCAAGGACCUCAAUUGCAAUGAGUGGAAGGAGCCGCGUGCGAUGGAGGUGGCCCCAGGACCCUGCCGUGACAAGGAUUCAGGGCUCAGCAGCUUGGAGUCCACCAAAGCCCGGCCCCUGGUGCAGUCUGGCAUCACCGGUGAGGCAUCCACUACCAAGAGCCCCCCCGGCAGCCCCGGUCCCCCAGCCCCGUUGCGCUUCCCACAGUGUCUGUGACCCCCUCCCCACAGCUCCCCAUCACCCAGAGGGUUUAACUUAAGGACUCUCCUUUGUUCCUCUAUUUAAGUGUGCUCUGGACAAGCUGCUCUUAUUUAACAGGUCCCUAUGGUCCCGGGUGGGACAAAGCCAUGUGGUGGCCCUAGGGACAACCUGGGUGCCGUGUCCCAGCAGUGGGCAGC